AUGGAGGGCUUUUACGGUAUCGAGGUGGCCGCCGGCAAGCAGGUGAAGGCGAAGAUCCCGGAGGAGUGCGCGCUGCGCGUGACACAGCUCGCCGUGCCUGUCAAUGCAGCUGGCGCCGUUUCGUUCGUGGUAUCCUUCGAGGGUAAGCUGUUUACGAUUGCUACGCUGGACCCCAAGAGGGGUGUCUACCAGAUGAGCACCGACCUUGUCUUCACCAAGGCCCAGGACGUGUCCUUCUCUGCCCAGGGCGCUGGCGCCAUCCACGUCACCGGCUACGUGCAACCGAUUGGCAAUGAUGAUAUGAUGAUGGAUGCCAUGGCCGGCGAGUCGGGUGAGGAGGACGAUAACGAGGACGACGACGACGACGACGACGACCUCGAGGAGGUGUCGGAGACGGAGAGCAACGAGGUCGCCAGGGCCCCUGCUUCAGCUGCCGCUGGUGCGGCGGACAGCGACGACGAGGAGGAGGACGAGGAAAACCACGAGGAAAACGAGGAGGAGGAGGACGACGAUGACGAAGACGGUGAGGACAUGCCCCCAGCCGACCUGGAUGACAGCGACUUGGGUGAAGAGGACGAGGAGGACGACGAGGAGGACGACGAGGAGGACGACGAAGGCGAGGACGACGACGAGGACGACGACGACGAAGACGACGACGUACCACAGAAGUUCCAGCGCACGGACCGCGGUGGGCGUGGUGGUGAUCGUGGUGGGUUCCGUGGCGGUCGCGGCGGUGACCGUGGUGGGUUCCGUGGUGGUCGUGGCGGUGACCGUGGCGGGUUCCGUGGUGGUCGCGGCGGUGACCGUGGUGGGUUCCGUGGUGGUCGCGGCGGUGAUCGUGGCGGGUUCCGUGGUGGUCGUGGCGGUGACCGUGGUGGGUUCCGUAGUGGUCGCGGCGGUGACCGUGGUGGGUUCCGUGGUGGUCGCGGCGGUCGUGGCGGUGACCGUGGUGGGUUCCGUGGUGGCAACCGUGGCCGUUACUAG